GUGCUUCAAUGAGCCUGACACUGUGACUCUGUGAGGGCUCUGGUGCUAGAGUUUUGAAAAGACCUUUCUCCCCGACAGGCGCCUUCUCUCCGUUGUGGGCUCUUGAAGUUGCCACUUUCUUCAUCCAAGCAAGCGAAGGGCGGUCGAGGGGCACGGACGAUGUCACCUGAUCUGUACUGAGGUGCUUUGUGUCUCAAGGAUCCGUCCACUUCUUAGUUUGUACUUCAUCAAAUGGAAGAGGACCCAAAUCUUUCUCUUUGCGCUCUGCAUAAUUCUAUCGACAAAUAGCCAGCAACACUGGAUGUAAUUGUGUAGAGAUUGGAGAAGAGCUCCAUUGUCGCGUUACAAGGUUGGCGCCCAGGCGAAAUGGCAAGGAGAGAAGUGAAAAUUUUCACAAACCUCUCGGAUGACAAGUCCCGGAAGGAUGUUGAUGAUGAAGAGAAGAAGUUCAAGAAGAUGGUGGCGCGGAUGCAAGAUUCUGCGAAUGAACGGGGCGGGUAUCUGCGUGGGCGUGGUGCUCUCGACACCGAGGACCUGCUGUACCUGCGUGAGAUGGAGGACGCCGAGCAGGACGCGGAGCGUGCGCGCAUUCAGGCGGAGCGCAGGGCUUUUGCCCAGUUCCGCGCAGCAGCGGCGGCCAAGACGGAGGCCGCCGCACUGCCCGUGCUGGGGCAAAGCAAGGAGAGGGCCAAGCCGAACGCAAGGCUUCAAUCGCAGCUGCCAUUAACGACAUUUGCGGUCCAGCCAAAAAAAGCGAAGGCUGAACAUAAAGCGGAACCCAACGAAAAUGAAAGUACCACAGGUAUGGGGCAGCCCACCAGUGCAUCGAACCCUCAGGUAGGCCCGUCCAGGAGACCCGACGAAAGCACCGAUAGUGAUCAGCCAGGUACGACUGCAGCUGCAUCACAAGCAAGCACACAACCAUCCGUGCUGCUGGAAUUGGCUUCUUAUGAAAGUGACGAGGAAGAUGACGGGGACGAACGGGGAGAAGAAGGUGUUGCUGGAAAUGCUCAGACAAGGACGCAAUCGAAAGAUCAUUGACAUAAAACGUCAAGUUAGCAUGUUGCACACGCUUAGCCAUAUUCGAAUCCCACGCCUGGCCGCCAGAGCGCAUCGUAAAUGUUUUAAUCUUGGGUGUUCAGAAGGA